CCAUCUGAUCCUCAAAGAGAGGUUUGGAUUCGUCCGUCUCGUCCAGCAGUCAGGUGUCUAGCUGCCAGCAGUGGCGCUCCAUCUCCAGAGGAGUCCCUGUCUUUUUAAUGGCAGAGGCGACCUCCUUGGUGUCCUCUUUCGGCUUGUCAGCUAGGGUUUGAUCCGAAGUCGUGGUACUUUCUAGAACCUUCUUAGUCUCUUUCUUCUUCUCGGCCAUUUUUUCCCCACUCUGCUGGGCCUUUGUGUCCUCUUUGCUCACGCUUCUCUUUCUUCUCCUUCCCCGAGAGCGAUCUCUCAUCCUGCCUCCUUCUUCGGUACCGCAGUCUUUUCUGCUUUUCCUUCCUCUCAUGGUGACGGUCUGGUUACAAAUGAAUCUAUAAAGUCAGGUCCUACAUUUAUAGCAUCUGAACAUUCUAAAAUUCAUGACAUCACCGGGGCUUUGUGCAUUCUCCUUAGAUUUUCUGCUUUGAUGUUGUUCUUUCUGUUGCUAUAGCAGAAUGAUUGUUUUGGUUUAAAAAAUACUGAUGGCAGGUACACACUACAGGAUUUUUCAAACCUUCACAGAUUAGGAGACCACACACUUGAUGACAACAACAGACAGAUCACACUAGAUCUCUCUCUGUUGAUCUUAUAAUGUGUGGCGUUCUCCGUAGUGCACACCACACACUAACUAAUUCUUCAGCAGAGUAUCAGGUUCUUCAGGCUCAAUAUUACAAAUCUCGCAUGGUCAAACAGGACUUCAGUUUAAACAAACAUGGUGGACGAAGCGGAAGAUGCAGUGGUGGUUGUUUUAGGCUGAAAAAAACAAAAACAAAACAAAACAACUGUGUAAAAAGUCAUGGAGACGGCGAGAGUGUGGGCUGUAUGCGUUACAGCGCGAGUUGGAGGACACGAUGUCAUUUGCAAACAUCAGAUAAUCGGGCCUUGGCUGGCAUUGAUCGUAAGGGGGAAAUCGGGAUGAAAAUCGUUCCGAUUAUCCUGUAGUGUGUACCGCCUUAAGUAGAGUGGGUCUGGGUAGCAGCAGAGCUCAGGUCAGCAGCUGUGCAUCUGAAGAGCAGGAGGAGACUGCUUGAGCAAGUUGCCGGGAACUCUAACAUGGACUACAACAAGAAGGCAGGGCCGAUGAGAGGAGUUUCUCUGGAGGGUGGUCCGGAUGCCUGUGACAUAGACAUGACUGAUCUGGAGUGUUACAACUUAGGUGGAACCACUCUGGAGGUAAGCCAAGAGAACCCGACAACAGAAGGAGGAUGCACAGGUGGAGACAGGUGGAGACAGGCAGUGGGCUGGGUAAGUGAUGUGCAGGCAAGAGGCUAAUGGCCAAUGAUACAGUGGCUACAGACUGGGAGCAGAAAUUGGAAGAUGCAGUGGAGUCUGGAAUGACUGGUCUGGAAAUCCAGAGGGCAUCUGGGGGACGGAUGGAUAAUGCCAAUGGCGGCAAAGCUUCAGAAAAAUGGGCUAAGUGGGAAACGAAUCAGGAUACAGAUGUGUCCUCCACCAGGUUGAUGGCUCUGUUUUUAGAUGUGUCGGCCUCACGCUGGAAAGAUGUGGCUAAAGUUGCAAGGGAAGCAAAUCACUCCUCUACUGUCAAUAUGGUAUGUACAGUAUCAAAGUGCUGGAAACAUCAUUACAGUAAAGCAUGCCAUACUGUGGUAAUGGAAUCAAUCAAUAUCAGCUGCUACGACUUUAAAAGGCUGUAUAACCGUUACUUUUUGAAAAUGUGGUUAAAAUCUAAAUUAAUUUCACUAGCUCAAGUCGGCCAGGCAAAAACAAAAAUACCACCUCCAGCAUGUACCACCUUAUACUAAGACAGAAAAAUGUUUCCCUGUGUGGAACCACCUCCAUUUGGUUCACUGUUGAUGAUACAGUCAUGGCCACAAGGCGGUGAAUGAAAAUUGCUUCUACACAGCUGUCUGAAAUGGAAGGAAACAUUAGGACAACUUACACAAAAAUGUAAGAUUUGAAUACACAGACAACUUCAGAACCAUCUGAUGAUCUGAUGAGAUCAUUUUUAUUGCCUGAUCUAACAGAAGUUGUGUGUAUCUUUUACAUUGGAUGAUGAGAUUAAAUUUGAUAAUCUUUGUAUCUUUGUAUGUAACAAACACUUCUAUUGUUCUUCUAUUGGUGUUAUUUUUAUGAAAUAAAACCAUCUGAAGAAUAUCUGAAGAGCAUUCUGCGCCAGCACGUUUUCUUCCUGAAAGCGUGUUUGUGGUCAGUUUGAUGAACAGCAUAAGCAACUUAAAAAACACCCCACCUCUUCGGUUGAAAGCGCCCUGAAAGCACUGGAGCACAGUUCAGUUGCGGAGAUUGCAGAGUAACAGCAACACGCGCCAUGAAGAGCUUCACCUUGAUAGCAGCUUUGACUCUCUGCAGCUUUAGCUGGAUCUCUGCCUCAGUCUCUCGGUCUCAGACUGUGGAGGCUCAGCCUGGUGAAGGAGUCACACUACAGUGCAACAACAAUGGUGCGGUGAUAUUCUGGUUCAGACUGGUCGACAGAACCGAGGUCAGCUGUGUCUCUGUCAUGAUCCACUCUAAUGAAGCUAAAUACUUCGAAGGAUUUCAAAAUGGGAGAUUUGAAAUGAGAAGCAGCAACAACAUUGUCUCUCUCAAAAUCCAUAUUGUGGCUAAAUCUGAUGCAGGACUGUAUUUCUGUGGAUUUUACACUGGUGGAAAUUUCACUUUCAGUGUCACACGUUUAAAUGUCAAAGGCGGCAAUGAGCCACCUGGUGACGAGGACAGCGGAGAUAAAAGAGAGUCUGGAGGAAUAGCAAUGCUGACGAGUGUGAUCGUGGGUGCUCUGACUGUUUUCCUUAUACUGGUCAUCAUCAUCAGCGGUCUGGUUGUGAAAGUCAGGAGACUUCAGAAAGCUGCCACUGAAGAAAAUAAUCCACAACAGUGUGAGAAUCUGCUCUCUAAUCAGCUAAAGGAUGCAGCCGUGAGAUUUUACCCGACAUCAGUAAGAAGCAGGAGGCCUGCAUCAGAGAGAGAAGUGGAAACUCAUAUCAUUUAUACUGCCAGCAGACAGACUCAGAAGGUUUUGUCUGACCUUGGUCACUGUCCAGAUCGAGCAUAGUUAGAUAGAGGUCUGCAGCAGUGGAGGAGUGAGUGAGGUUCACCUCACUUGUUUGACGGGAAGAGGCAGCGCAGUGUGGUCUGAGCACAACUGAAGGGAAAACCGCGAGGUCUGUUAGAUCAACGCACUGUGGAAAUGAAGUCUGAAAUAAAUGAACUGGACAUUUCAA